AUGAACACACCAUCCUCCCUCACUCUCCCUCAUCCUCCCUCUACCUCCCUAUCCCUCCCUCACCCUCCCUAUCCCUCAUCCUCCCUCUCCCUCAUCCUCCUCAUCCUCCCUCAUCCUCAUCCUCCCUCAUCCUCACUCUCCCUCAUCCUCCCUCUCCCUCAUCCUCCCUCAUCAUCCCUCUCCCUCAUCCUCCUCAUCCUCCCUCAUCCUCACUCAUCCUCACUCUCCCUCAUCCUCCCUCAUCCUCACUCUCCCUCAUCAUCCCUCUCCCUCAUCCUCCUCAUCCUCCCUCAUCCUCACUCUCCCUCAUCCUCCCUCUCCCUCAUCCUCACUCUCCCUCAUCCUCCCUCAUCCUCACUCUCCCUCCCUCUCCCUCCCUCAUCCUCCCCCUCCCUCCUCAUCCUCCCUCAUUUUCACUCUCCCUCAUCCUCCCUCAUUCUCCCACUCCCUCCCUCAUCCUCCCCCUCCCUCCUCAUCCUCCCUCACCCCUCCCUCAUGCUCCCUCAUUCUCACUAUCCCUCAUCCUCCCUCUCCCUCAUCCUCCCUCACCCCUCCCUCCUCCUCCCUCAUCCUCCCUCAUCCUCCCCCUCCUCCCUCAUCCUCCCCCUCCCUCCUCAUCCUUCCUCUCUGUUAUUAUUCACACUCUCCCUCCCUCAUCCUCCCUCCUCAUCCUCCCUCACCCCUCCCUCAGCCUCCCACUCCCUCCUCAUCCUGCCUCUCCCUCCCUCAUCCUCCCUCCUCAUCCUCCCUCAGCCUCCCACUCCCUAG